CUUGAUGCUACUUUCUCAAAAAUGUCUGCAGUAAUUGACGAAAUACUAAGCGGGAUAAUGCCUAAUUUUGAUAACCGUAGUAUCUGAACCCCCUUUUUGUAAAAGCACUUCAAAAAUAAAAAGAUAAACAUCUUUCAAAUACUAACUCGGCUCAUCGAUUUAACGAAGUUGAGAAGAAUUUCAACUCCGUGAUUACUGUUGUUUACAGAAGAUUUUAGUGGUCAGCAACAGCAACAUGACAACUCAAAUACUGACUCUUUUUUGAAUUGGGAGGACAAUUAUGAUGGUACGGAAAAUGAUCUUUUAGAUUUAUUUCUGUUCUAUGUUGAUGACUUAUGUGAGGAAAAAAUAAAAGAGCUCAGUAUGCAAAUUAAGUUAUAUGGCUUGAUAUCUUGUGUAGUAACGACAGCGUUUGUUUUGGCUGGACUUUUGUUUUUCACAAUAUGGUUGUUCACUUUGGUUGGAAAAUCCGACUCCAGUGAAGGGAACGAUUAUGCCUUAGAGCAUGAUUUCAGUUCUGACGUCGAGACAUCAAGUAAGAAAAAUAAUGAUGAAAAGCUUUUGAGUAAAGAAUCCACAAUUAAAGAAGUUUACACUUCUAAAUGGGAUCUUCCCAGUAAAAUCAAGGAAAAAGCAAUGUUUUGGAAAGCAACAACUUCUCGAGACUCAGUCAACGACUAUGGCUAUGAUAGCCUCAUUGACAUCUACGCAAACGAAACAGCAGAUGUUUCCAGAAUAUCUGGAAGUUUUGGUGCAGGUUUCAAGUUUGCUGGUGAAGUUGACGAUUAUAGCAAUAUGAGUAUCGGUGACAUUCAUUUCAAGAAAAUUCGCAGUGAUGAUGAUUUUUACGAAGAUGAUAGACUAUCAGAAUCGACUGAUGGAAUUGAAGAUUAUACUACUGCUAGAAUAACUUCAAAGACUGAGAAUAGCUUUCAAACAUUUUCUUCUGCAAUUCUGGAUACUGCAUCUAUAGCAGAUUCUAGAUCUUUCUCCUCAACUGCAAACUUGGUAAGUUUUCAGAACAUUUCUUUGAUAGCCGAUGAAGACGAAGACAAUGAAGACGAAGAUGAUGAAGAUAGUGGGUAUGGCAAUAAAAUCAUUGAAAGCUAUAAUAAUUCAAUUGGUCAAAGGGUUAGCAGAUCGGAUGGGGAUAUGUUAUCGAGGUCUGGAAGCCUGAAGAACAAAGAGUCGGAAAUCUCAGAUAGCAAAAUUCAUACUAUCAACAUGUCGAAGAUUGGACCAACCUAUUUGUAUGUCUACUUGAAUAUGAUAUAUGGAAACUGGGAUGAAUUUGAAUACCAGAGUGUUUUGUCAGGCAACGAUGCUGUCAGUGACAAAUUGAAUGAAAAAAUCAUUAAAAAAAUUUUGAAAACAUUAAACAAAAGAGCAAUUGAUGAUUUCAGAAAGGAGAAAAUGCUUGAGAAGUUGGAGAUCUUGAGGUUUGCUUUUAUUACUGAGACAUAUCAUGAGCUCAUUUUGAAAAGUGUGAUGAAUAAUGUCAAAUUUUUAGGUGAAGUUAUCAAAGACGAUAAGGUUGCAGAGAAUGUCAAGCGUGAUAUUUUCCAAAUGUUCCAUUGUUCUUUCUGGUAUGAGAGUAAGACCCCGUUGACAUUUGAGUUUGCUAAGCAGCUCAUUAAGAAUAGUAUUGACUCUUUGAGCCGGAUGAAUGUCGAUUCUGUCGGGUUCAAAGACGGGAUAAGGUGUUUGCAUCGGAUAUUGGUCUAUUCCAACAUUGACGAUUUCAUUGGGGAAGUUUUUGAUGAAUGUUUCAAAAAGGUUAAUAACCUGAAUUUUGAAAAGCAGAAUGUAGUCUGGGAACUAUUGAAGUUGGUAAUUUGCGAGUGGAUGCUUGAAGCCGAUCGGAUUGAGGAGAUUAAAGAUAUUUAUACUAAAUUGCAAGGCAACAUCAAUGUACUUGUGGAUGAGUAUGUCGAAAAAGACAACUCUAAAUACCAAGAGUUUAUACUUAUUUGGAAGAUGUUGAGAGAGAGCAGCACUAACGGGGCGCUUGACCUUGAUGGUGGUGGAAGUGGGAGUGCUGUUACUGAUGAGAACUACAAUCCGAACUACCGAAUCAAGAAGAGAUAUAACUCGGUGAGCAAGGUAAAGCGGAAAUUGUCGGUCACAAAAAAGAGGAAGAGCCGGAGCAGUAAUAAUGGGAGUGAGGGGUCCAUUGCUAGACAGGAGUUAAGGGACGUAACGAAUGUUACAAAAGCGUCUGAUUAAAUAACUAUAUAAACGAGGAAAGGGUUAAAGAAAGUAAGAAAAAAGUAAGAAAGGGAGAAACGAAAUAAUGAAAACGAAGUAGAGUAAAUAAGAAAUU